UGGACCUUGGCUGGCGGUUCGUGUGUCCGGGACGUGCGAGGGCGACAGAGCCCUAGCAGGUGGAAUUGGGCUAUUUGCUGAAGCUUCUUUCUCUGGUAGCCCAGGGAGAAAUUUACAUUUUGACUUUUUCUUACCAUGGCUUUGAUUCACAAAUUGCUGAAUGGGACUUAUAUUCUCAGAAAAUGCCUGGAGCCAAGUGUUGCCUCGUUGAGUACUCGCUUUGCAGAUUAUUGUUCCAGUAGUCUUCAGAAACCCUUGGCUACUCCUGGCAAAGCUUCCUCUCAGAGGAACAGUGAAGGGGGUUUGCAAGGACAUCACCAGAGAGAAGUUGCUUUGGAUAUAACUUCUCCUGAGGAAAAGCCUGAAGUUAGUUUUGAUAAAGCAAUCAAAGAUGAAAUAAAGGACCAUUUUAGGCGUUUGAAGGAUGAUAUUGUGAAUCAUUGGAUAGGGCCUGAAGGCCGCCCUCUGCAAGAGGUCUUGCUGGAACAAGCUAAAGUUGUCUGGCAGUUCCGUAGAAAAGAAGAUUUGGAUAAGUGGAUAGUGACUUCGGAUAAGACAAUUGGAGGCAGAAGUGAAGUAUUCCUGAAAAUGGGCAAGAAUAAUCAAAGUGCACUGCUGUAUGGAACUCUGAGCUCUGUGGCACCUCAGGAUGGGGAAAGUGGUCGCAGUGGGUACUGUGCAAUGAUAUCCAGGAUUCCAAGGGGCCCUUUUGAGAGAAAGAGGUCUUAUGAUUGGUCCCAGUUCAACACUCUGUAUCUCCGUGUCCGAGGAGAUGGUCGGCCUUGGAUGGUGAAUAUCAGGGAGGACACAGAUAUAAUCCAGAGGAAGAAUCAGAUGUACAGUUACUUCAUGUUCACCCGUGGGGGGCCCUACUGGCAGGAGGUCAAGAUUCCCUUCUCCAAAUUUUUCUUCUCUAAUCAAGGAAGAAUCCGGGAUGCCCAGUACCAACUUCUGCUUGACAAGAUCUCUUCUAUUGGAUUCACCCUGGCUGAUAAAGUGGAUGGUCCAUUCUUCCUGGAAAUAGAUUUUAUUGGAGUGUUUACGGAUCCAGCCCACACAGAAGAAUUUGCCUAUGAAAAUUCUCCAGUGCUUAACCCAAGACUUUUUAAAUAGAGAUAAUGUGGUAAUUUUGUAUUACUAAACUAAGGGUAAUAGCAUCCAUGAGGAUACAUAGACAAAAUAAAGUAUUUCUCUAAUGGCAUCCAACAAGUG